UUCAUCGAUGCAUUUGGGCGUUGGAGUCUGCAUGUUAUUAGCGCUCAGGGAGACCUCUCCAUUUUACCCCCUUGUCGAAGAGCAAAAGCUACAAAUCUAGGAAUCUACAAAUUUUAUUACCAGUGCAACGUGGCCUUUUCCCCCACCCCAUUCGUGUUUUUUUUAAUUGUCUCUCGGCAUAGGAUUUGUUGCAAGGAACUUGAAACUUUUUUUCCCUCUCUCAGGGUGUGAUUCCGGCUCCUUUUCCCCCCUCGCUCUUCACUCCUCCUUCUGUCUGCCCGUCCCCGUGUGUGUGUGUGCGUGCAGCAUUGAAAAGCCAGGCGUCAUUGUUCGCUUUCUUUCUUUCGCUGGCUCGGAGUUUCUUUGUUGUACAAGCAUGGGAGCCCAAUUCUCGAAGACCGCUGCAAAUCGCGAAACUGUUGGUGAAAAAGCGGGGGAAGCUGCAGCUGGAUCACCUUCUAAAACCAAUGGGCAGGAGAAUGGCCAUGUGAAGGUGAACGGAGACGCGUCUCCAGCCGCAGCCUCCGCCGCCGCGCCCGCCGCUGAGCCCGCCGCCGGGGAGAAGGAGGAGCUGCAGGCUAAUGGGGCGACUCCGGCCGAGGACAGCAAAGAGGACGGGGGGACGGCGGCGGCGGCGGCCGCACCAGCGGCGGCGGCAGCAGCAGCAGCAACAUCGGCGCCGGUGAGCAGCGAGGCGGCCAGCACCAGCAACAGCGCCAGCACCCCGCCGGCCGCGGCCAAGCCUGCAGAGACGAACGGGGAGUCGGCGGACAGCGGAUCCCCGGCGGAGGGCGAGGCGGCGGCGGUGGCCAAGGGCGAGGAAGCGGCGGCCCCUGCAUCGACCUCGGCCGCCAGCCCGGCCAACAGCGAGACCCCGAAGAAGAAGAAGAAACGCUUCUCCUUCAAGAAGUCCUUCAAGCUCAGCGGCUUCUCCUUCAAGAAGACCAAGAAGGAGACCGGGGACAGCGCGGAGAACGAAGCGGCUGCCUCUGCCGCCCCUGCCUCUGCCUCUGAGGAGAAGGAGCCAGGCGCCUCUCCUCCUGCAGCCGCCCCUGAGAGCACAGCAGAGGCCGGCACCACCGAGGAGACCAAACCCAAACCCAGCCAGGAAGGCGAUGCCGGCUCCCCCGCCCCCGCUCCGGCCAGCGAGCCGGCGCCGGCCUCGGCCAACUCGGAGGAAAAGAAGGAGGAGACCGGCGCCUCGCAGGAGGGCGACAAGCCCGAAGACAAGGCACCCGCAAGCGGGGACCUGCAGGAAGCCAAAGCUCCGGAGGAACCCAGCAAGGCCAACGAAGAGAAACCCACAGCGGAGCCAGCCUCGUCCAACCCAGCUGCCAACGCUGAAGCCUCCACAACUGAGCAAGAGGCGGCAGCGGUCCAAGAACCACCACCAGCAGCAGCAGCAGCAGCAGAGCCAGCUGUACCACAGGAGGUACCAUCCGAGUCUAGUCCAGCGCCACCAACUACCGACUCAGCAGAGUAAAACGGAGAAGCCCAAAACUGGAGUGAUAAUCAAAGGACCUUUUUCCAUGUUUGUUUGUUGGAGUGGUGCCAGGUACUGGUUUGGAGAACUGUCUAACCAGGGAUUUUAAAGGCAUUUUUUAUUUUUUAAAAAUAAAAAGAAAUCCCAUUGCAUUCAUUCUGUUACCACCAUUCCAACAGGCAGAGAUGAGCCCCAAAUCUCGCUCUGUCAUUUUUUUGCAUCAGUAUUACUGUUUUUGCAUAUUUUGCAUCAUUUUAUACAAAAGUUUAAACCUUUUGAUCAAUAUAUGGACAUGUCCAUUGGUGUGGAUAAUCUGGGUGGGUAAAUCCUGGGUAAAAUGUAAAUGAAGUAAUAUUGGAACCACAAUGCAAUGGUAUAGUUGCCAAGUAAAUGUGCCACAAACUAAUUAUGUAAAGGAUUAGUCUUUUUAAAACAAAAGUUGCAAAUCUUACAAAAAUAAUCCAUACAGUUUACAACACUAAGUCUUGAAUACAAGAAAGCAAGGAAAUCUGUGUCAGAAAAUCAAUAGUUUUAGUAAUGCAUUAAAAUCAUAGAAACUUUUCACUUAUCUCAUUUAUAGCUGUACAAGUCAAGUGAUAAGUAGAAGAAAAAAAAGCAAGUUGUAUAGGCGUUAUUGUUUAUUGCUGGUUCAUGACCUUAAAGUGUAAUUAUGUAUUACAGCAGGGUGUUUUUAACUGUGAUUAUGUAUAAAUGAAAACUUAAUAUCAAGAAGCACAUGAAGUUUGCAACUCUUCACCCUGCCCAUUUUGUAAAAUUGCCGUCAUCUUGGAAGAUCUUUUAAACAAUUUUAAAUGAAAAGCUGUGAUAAGUGGAAUGGUUGCUGUUUAUAUACUGUUGUAUGUUUGGUUACAGCAGUCAAUGCUUUUUUUCAGCCGUCUUUGACAAUUGGGAAAACUCUUCAGAUGCAAUGCGUUUUGUGUAGCAUCUUGUCUAUCAUAGUUUUUUUGUAAAUACUGGAGAAGCUUUGACCAAUUUGACUUAGAAAUGGAAUGUAACUUUGCUUACAAAAUUGCUAUUAAACUUCUCUGCUUAAGGUGUUCUAAUUUUCUGUGAGCACACUAAAAGCAAAAAUAAAUGUGAAUAAAGUUU